UUAAAAAAAAAGUAAAAAAAAAUGAAAAUCUAAUCUGUAUCUUUGAUAUGCCCUUCUGGCAAUCCAUUAAUAAUUUAAUAUAACUUGAUAACUUCUAUUUUCUACUUUCAUUUUCCAACUAUCUUCUCCAUUCUUCUUCCUUUUCUAAUUUCAUUCCCAAAUUGGUUUUCUGGGAUCUUUUCUUAGUUAUUCAACCACUAAACUCAAAACUUUUUUAGAACAAAAAAAUGGGUGAAGAAGAGACAAAGAAAGUAGAAGAAGAGAAACCUCAAACUGUUGAAGAAACUCCUAAGGAUGUUGCUCAAGAAAAAACUGUCAUUCCUGCUCCUGAUCAUAAAGAUUCUGAUUCCAAGCCUUCUCCUGCUGAUGAAAAGGCUAUUGUACCUGUAACAACACCUCCACCUCCAUCUGAACCUGAGAAAAAACCUUCAGGGGGUUCAAUAGACAGAGAUGUUGCAUUAGCAAAGGUUGAACAAGAGAAGAAUUUGGCCCUUGUUAAAGCCUGGGAAGAAAGUGAAAAAACCAAGGCUGAAAACAAGGCAUGUAAAAAGCUGUCAGAGAUAGACUCUUGGGAAAACACCAAGAAAGCCUCAAUUGAAGCUCAGCUUAGAAAGAUUGAGGAAAAACUGGAGAAAAAGAAGGCAGAGUAUGCAGAAAAGAUGAAGAACAAAGUGGCAGAACUUCAUAAAUUAGCACAAGAAAAAAGAGCAAUGGUUGAAGCACAGAAAGGUGAACAGCUUCUUAAAGCAGAAGAAUCUGCUGCUAAGUACCGUGCUACUGGACACGUUCCCAAAAAGCUUCUUGGCUGCUUUUAGUUUCAUCUUUUCAUGAAAAAUACAACUGCAAAUUAUUUCUAGAAAUCCUCCCCUAAAACAAGUUUGGAAGUGUUUGUGUAAUUUAUUAUUUGAAAGCAAAGUUUUCCAUUCGUUUGGUGUCUUUUGAAUUGUUUGCCAAUGUGUACAGUUAUUGUGUGAUAUUAUUAUAAAUUAUAUUAAUAAUUAUUAUUAUUACAUUA